AUGGCGCGUGUACCACCGCCCACUAUCAAGAAGAAUAAAAAGGAUAAGAAGCCUCCUAAAGACAAUUCCAAAAAUGUUAUGCGGAACCUGCAUAUCAGAAAAUUAUGUCUGAACAUUUGUGUAGGAGAAUCCGGUGACAGGCUGACACGUGCUGCAAAGGUGUUGGAACAGCUCACAGGCCAACAGCCUGUGUUCUCUAAGGCUAGAUAUACUGUAAGAUCUUUUGGUAUCCGUCGUAAUGAGAAGAUUGCAGUACAUUGUACGGUUCGUGGAGCCAAAGCGGAAGAAAUCCUUGAAAGAGGCCUUAAAGUAAGGGAAUAUGAAUUAAGACGUGACAACUUCUCUGCCACUGGUAACUUUGGUUUUGGUAUUCAAGAACAUAUUGACUUGGGAAUCAAGUACGAUCCUUCCAUUGGAAUCUAUGGUCUUGACUUUUACGUUGUUCUGGGAAGGCCAGGUUUCAAUGUUGCUCAUAGAAGACGUAAAACUGGUAAAGUUGGGUUCCCUCAUCGCCUGACAAAGGAAGAUGCCAUGAAGUGGUUCCAGCAGAAAUACGACGGUAUCAUCCUUAACAGCAAAGCAAAGUAA